AUGCUCCGGAUUCACCUUAGAAGAUUCAGAACCACUACCAAACGUCAUGAAAGAGCGAGUUAUUGGAAGAGAUUUACAGCAAGUGGAGGACACUUUGGGAAAGCUGCCAGAGGAUUCGAUUUAGACGGAAAGUGGAAAAACGCGACGGGCUGA